UAUCGUGACUUGAGCCAUCUAUAUAAUGUCUUUUUGUUCUGUUCUAUAGUACGCGUUACAUAAAUACGUACAGUUAGCGGUGAAACGUUCCAGACUUCGCGUCACGAAGUCUUACAUUUCUACUUAGAUCUGUCUUCCAAGAACAUGAAGCGUUUGAAUUUAAUUUUAAUACUACUCGUCUGUGUACCAGGUUUACUUCACUAUUCAGUGAAAGCAGAAUUAAAGCUGCAGCUGGUGCAAGUGUUGUUUAGACAUGGAGAACGAACACCAAUUAGAGAAGAACUCUGGCCGAAAGAUCCGAACGAUUUAUCGGUGUACGAACCAAUGGGACUCGGACAGUUGACAAAUAUGGGAAAAGUGACCGAAUAUGGUCUCGGAAAACUUUUAAGAAAACGCUAUGACAAAUUCUUAGGAGACGUUUACCAUCCCACUGACCUGUACGCUCAGAGUACGGAUGUUGACAGGACAAAGAUGUCUCUACAGUUAGUUUUGGCUGCACUCUACCCUCCAAGUGCAGAGCAAGCAUGGAACAAAAGAAUGCCAUGGAUGCCGAUACCAAUACACUAUAUACCGGAGACAGUGGAUUAUUUGAUGAAACCCGAUUUUAUGACAAUAUAUUUAGAAGCACUAAAAAAUGUACGAAAUUUAGAAGAAAUUCGUAGGAAAGUUUCGCAAUACGAUGAUUUCCUGAACUUUCUGAGUGAAAAAACUGGAAUAACCGAAGUGAACGUGACAAGAGGGUACAAAAUUUAUAAUAACCUGGCGUCACAGAAAAGCAUGAAUUUGACGAUACCCGAAUGGUGUACGAAGGACGUGAUCAAGACCUUGCAAUCCAUCGUGAUACUCGAAUACGAAAUUCGCUCACACACGACGCAACUAAAACGUUUAAACGGAGGCCCGCUCAUCAGGACAUUUAUCGAAAAUAUACAAAUGAACGAGGGCCGCAAAAGACCGCGGAAAAUCUAUUUGUACAGCGGACACGAGACAAAUAUCGCUGGAUUCGCGAGAGCUCACAAUUUCACAGAACCGGCGCUACCAAAUUACGGUACCGCGAUUAUAUUUGAAAAACUAAGCGACGAAGCUGGCAAGAAGUUCGUCAAGCUGUUCCUUUGGACCGGAGUUACGGCAGAGUUGAUACCUUAUAAGUUCAACGGCCACGACGAAGUUCUCACGUUCGAUAAAUAUAAAGAGUUGGUGAACGACGUUCUACCAUCCAACAAGGAAAUACAUUCAAUGUGGGACUAUCUUUCAAAAGAUGACCUAUAUAAGUUAUAUGAAGAGAAAGAUAGUUAAGAUUGGAAUAGUUAAUUAGAUAUAUAUAUAUAUAUAUAUAUAU